AUGGCACACAGUUCGGGCAGGAAAGAAACCAUCCAUUUACACAUCGUCCCUACGGAUUUCACUCCUCGCUUUGCAGACAUACAAGAGAAUCAGGCUUUCCGAUCGCAGCAGGAGCUUGAACGACGGCGAAGCGACGCUCGACAGAUCCAGAAGAUCCUCCGAAAGGUAACUGUUGCCCUAGACUGGCAGCAGUACUACGCCGCGAAGAUAAUGCUCGCGGUUUACCGCAAGAAGUAUAGUACCAGCGAGCCAUGCUAUCGCAUCGACGAACACAUGAAUUCCAAUGUCCUGGCGCCAACCAGAGUCGUCGGCGGCUUCGUGCUUUCGGAAUUGGAUGUUGGUCGCGGCAUCAAUGGUCUGUAUUUGGUUACCUGGCGCGGUGAGCAGAAUCAGUUGCUCGACCGGCUUGCUGGGUUCAUAGAUAUGAUCAAGUGGCUGAACAAAAUGAGCGCAAAUAGAUUGAGGAGGUCAUGGCAUCCCAAUGGGGAAGAAAAUGAAGAGGGUCGAAGGUUGAUGCCACCUCUUUAG